AUGGUCGCAGGGGGUGACGCGCAGCUCUUCCGGCUCGCGAGCGGCAUCUCGUGCCACGCAUGGAACAAAGACUGCAGCAAACUGGCCAUCUGUCCCAACUCGAACGAGAUCUGGAUCUACUCGAACUGUCACGUGCUGGAUCCAUCCCAGUGGCGCAAAGAAGCUGUACUUACGGAACAUGAUAUGCUCGUGUGUGGUCUGGACUGGUCGCCCGUGCACGAACAGCUGGUGUCGUGCUCGCACGACCGCGGCGCUUUUGUGUGGAAGUACGAAGCGGCGUAUCGGCAGUGGAAACCGCUGCUCGUGGUGCUGCGUGUAACUCGAGCAGCGACGAACGUCAAGUGGAGUCCGGACGGCAAGAAGUUUGCCGUGAGCAGUGGUGCCAAGUGUGUCUCUGUGUGUUACUACCAGGAAGCAGAGAACUGGUGGGUGAGCAAGAUCAUCAAGAGACACAAGUCUACGGUGACGGACGUGGACUGGCAUCCGAAUAGCCAGCUACUGGUGACCGCGAGCACGGAUCUUAAGUGUCGCGUGUUCUCGGCGCACGUCAAUGACGUCGACGGACCGCCUGAUGCAGGUCCAUUUGAAGCCUUGCCGCCUUUUGGUGAGCCACUGGCGGAGUUCGACAAUGCUAGCGCAUGGGUGAAUGCUGUAGCGUGGUCUCCGAAAGGUGACUGUUUGGCAUUUGCGAGCCAGGGGUCAUCCAUUCACAUUGUCCACUUUGGUGCACCUGGCGAGUAUCCAACGAUUCAGUCGAUCCGGUUCUCGCACCUGCCGCUGAUGCGAAUCAUGUUCUUGUCAAACUCCGCUAUCGUUGGCGUGGGUUAUGAUUUCAACCCAAUGCUGUUUUCUAAAGACGGCAGCAACUUUUGGUCGUUUUCUGAGUUUGUGGACAAGAAGCCGGCUGAGACUGCUGUGAAGACAAAUUUGGGCGGCUUCAGUGCAGCUCGGAGUCUGUUUGAAAGCAAAGUGACGCGUGGACAGUCGUCCGAUGCUACUCAACACGAUAAAAACAUGCUGUGGAUGAAACACGAGAGCAACAUCACGUGUAUCCAGCCUUACGCGCGGUCCGCCUCUGGUGGUGUCACGGAAUUCUCGACUUCCGCGCUUGAUGGUCGCGUAGUCCUCUGGAAAUUGGGGAGUCUACGCGUGGAAAUGAGCAAGCUGCAUCUGUAA